AAAAAAAGAAAAGAAAAGAAAAAACAAGUACACAUCAAUCUGUGAAUGGACUGAGUUUAGUUGAUAUCCAAAAAAUAAUAAUAAAAAAACCCUCCUCUCGCCAUCCUUUGUAGAACGCCAUGGCUUCUUGUCUUCUUCGUCCCCAACCACUGUGUCAGCUGCUACUGCUCCUAUGGCCUCUGUUCAUCUCUGCUUCCAUUGUUACUCAUCUUCCUGGUUUUCAUGGUCCACUUCCCUUCCACCUUGAGACUGGAUAUAUUGGUGUGGAUGAAGUGCAGUUCUUUUAUUACUUCAUAGAGUCUGAGGGAAAUCCAGCCCAGGACCCUCUUCUUCUUUGGCUAACUGGUGGCCCUGGUUGCUCUGCUUUCAGUGGCCUCGUCUUUGAAGUUGGUCCUCUGAAGUUCAGGAGUGUGAAGUAUAAUGGUAGCUUGCCAACACUUGUGUAUCAUCCUUUCUCUUGGACUAAGGUCUCAAAUGUGAUCUUCUUAGACUCUCCAGUUGGAACUGGAUUCUCAUUCUCAAAUACUCCAGAGGGAUAUGUUGAUGGUGAUAUCACUUCAUCCUCUAGAGUUUACGAAUUUCUCAGAAAGUGGUUUAUUGAUCACCCACAAUUCCUAUCCAAUCCUCUGUAUGUUGCCGGUGAUUCAUACGCUGGUAAGGUUGUUCCAUUCAUCUCUCACCUGAUAUCACAAGGCAUUGAAUCUGGAGCUCAGCCUCUUCUGAGUCUACAGGGAUAUUUGAUUGGCAACCCAGCUACAGGGGAAGUAAUCGAUGAGAAUGCUCGGGUUCCAUAUGCUCAUAAUAUGGGGAUCAUUUCUGAUGAGAUUUACAAGUCCACAACUCUAUUUUGUGAAGGGGAGGAUUAUGAAAAUCCUACCAAGGUUCAGUGUGCUAUGAAGCUUCAAGUUGUGGAAAAGUACUUUGAGGAAAUCAACAAGCCUCACAUUUUGGAGCCAAAGUGUCCGUGAGCAUCACCGAGACCAAAGAAUUUGAGCGGAGAAAGGCGAUUUCUCAAGGAUGGGCACAACAUGUUUACUGUGCCACGAGAUGUUCCUCCUCUCAAAUGCAGAUCAUAUGCAUACUAUUUAUCCGGCAUUUGGGCAAACGACGAUGUUGUGAGGGAUGCUCUCCACAUCCAAAAGGGAACUGUCCCAGAAUGGAUCAGAUGCAAUGAUAAUUUGCAGUAUACCAAAGAUCUUCCGAGCAAUGUAAAAUACCAGCACAAGCUCACAAGCCGAGGUUAUCGAGCUCUUGUUUACAGUGGGGAUCAUGAUCUGGUGUUACCACAUAUAGGAACUCAGACAUGGAUUAGAUCUCUAAACUACUCCAUCAUCGAUGACUGGAGAUCUUGGUUCUCUGCUGGGCAAGUAGCAGGAUACACAAGAACAUAUGCCAAUAAUCUUACAUUUGCUACUAUAAAGGGUGCUGGUCACACAGCUCCAGAGUACAAGCCAAGGGAAAGCCUAGCUAUGAUUAAAAGAUGGCUUUCAAAUCAACCACUCUAAGUUUUUAUGGCAUAUUUUUUAUCAAAUAAGAUCCAAUUAUUGUGUUUGUUUCUCUGUGUAUUUGCAAAUAUGGACAUGAAUUCUCUAAACAAUUUGUAUUUGUAAAUUCAUUAAGAUCUUUCAAAGCUGAAAUGCUUGUUCCAAAUUCGAAUAUCACAAGUGAUUUAAUGUGUGGUGUGCUGAUGUCCACCCAUCAUGAGCAAACCAUUCAAUUAGCUUAUCUCUUGUGCUUCUUAUUCACGUAUGAUCUCCGUUAAGUUGUACCUAUAUUUCUGGUAUUUCUGUUAAAAUGUAAUACAUUUUCAUUCUAAGGGCAUUGUAUUCGUCUCCACUGUAAUACAUUUU